AUUUGAGGAAUCUAUUCAUUUAGUUUAGAUCUUCUAUCUGAAUUCGUUCCAGGAUAUUGUUCAUCUCACGUAUCAAAAAUAACACCAGACCAUGGCGGCAGACGAGAAUACAAUACUCUUCCACUCGGCGACCAUUAUAACCGUUAACAACUCUCGUGAAGUAAUCCGAAAUGGCUAUAUCUAUAUCAUCAACGACAGGAUCGCUUCGAUCGGAAAAGGAUAUCCCUCUAAUCUCCUACCCGGAGACACGGAAAUUAUUGAUUGCAAAAAUAAAAUCAUCAUCCCAGGAUUGAUAAACACACAUGCCCAUCUCGUGCAAUCACUUUUGCGCGGAUUGGCUGAAGAUUUACCGCUACACAAUUGGCUGUGUGAUGCAAUUUGGCCGUUGGAAGCCGUUUAUGCAGAUGAUGAUGGGUAUAAUGCUGCCAAGCUUACAAUAGCGGAGAUGCUAAAGACCGGGACAACGUGUUUUCUGGAUCCAAUGUUGACGUAUAGAGCGGGGUUUGAGAGAGUUUGUGAUGUUGUGGGUGAGAUGGGGAUUAGGGGUUGUUUGGGUAAACUAGUCAAAUUCAUCGAAACCAAUCGACAACUUUCUAUCACAGACCCAAGAGACAAAGACUUAAUUGCAAUGUCUAUUCCUGCCCUCGUUGAAGCUCACACAGCACACAACGGAUCCUACGAUAACAGAUUACAAGUCUGGGCUGCAGCCGGUACUCCGCGGGGUGCACCGAAAUAUGCCUUUCAAGAACUGGGGGAUGCUUGUUCUGAGCAUGGCAUAUCUAUUACCAUGCAUUGUGCGGAAGCUCCCCGAGAUCUAGAAAUAUACCGAGGUACUUAUGGGUGCAGUCCAAUGGAAUUCGUGGAAGCAACGCAUUUGUGUUCUGCGGCCACGGCCGCGAAGCCGCGAAAUUUAGUAUUAGCGCACAUGGUCAAUUUAGAUCUGGAAAGGGAUAUUCCGAUACUAGCCUCGACAAAUACGACAGUUGCGCAUAAUCCGUCCUCCAACCUUAAACUUGCCUCUGGGAUAGCACCCGUACCGAGCAUGUUAGCACACGAUCAAUACGUCAAUGUGUCCUUAGGUACAGAUGGCGCACCAUGUUCGAACCAUUACGACAUGUUUCAAGAAAUGCAUUUGGUGUCUAUACUUCACAAGGGAGUACACAACGAUGCUUCACUUGUUCCAGCUGAGACUGCUCUCGAAAUGGCAACGAUAAAUGGCGCAAAAGCACUGGGGUUAGAGAACGAUAUAGGUAGUUUGGAAGUUGGCAAAAAGGCAGAUCUCGUCAUACUUGAUCCAUACGGGCGUGGAAAUAUUGGCGUUGCACCGUGGAACCCUGAUGAUGACGAUGGUGAGGACUUCAAUGGAGUUACGUCCGUUACGACUGUUGUACAUGGAUGUACAGGGCGGGAUGUUUAUAUAACAGUUGUGAAUGGUCGGAUCGUUGUAAGGAAUGGACAAUUGGCAGAUGGUGGGUGUUUGAAAGAGAUGGAAAUCAUAAGGAAAGCUCAAAGUGCUGCUAAGGGUAUCUUACGGAGAUGUAACAUGAAUCGUGUAGAAAGCCAGCGAGUCGGGGUUAGUUGA